UCUCAGUCCUUCUCAGUAGAGAGGAAGUAGAGAUGGGUAGAGAGGAGAGGUGGUCACAAGAGUUGAGAGAGUUUGUGAUCGACACGUUGAAAUGGAACGGACCUGUCUCCUACUCUUGCUGUUGAGUUCACUGGUAUACAGUAGCCUCGGACAAGGUGGAGCCUCUCUGAGUGUCAGUCCUGACAGAUCUCAGUUCUUUAAAUAUGAGUCUGUCUCUCUGAGCUGUGAGGUUCAGGGGAAAUCUGCUGGAUGGAGACUGAAGAGAAACACAGUCUCUGGGGAGCGUUCAGAUUGUGGAAGAAAAUGGGGAAAAUCACAAGGGUCUUCAUGCAUCAUGUCACUAAUACCAUCACACAGUGGAAAGUACUGGUGUGAGUCUGGGUCUGGAGAACACAGCAAUGCUGUCAACAUCACAGUACAUGCUGGAGCUGUGAUCCUGGAGAGCCCUGCCCUUCCUGUGACUGAGGGAGAAUCUGUGACCCUGCGCUGCAGAUAUCAAGGAACUUUCUCUAACCACACAGCUGAUUUCUACAAAGAUGGAUCCCUGAUCAGGACUGAGACUACAGGAGAGAUGACCAUCCCUGCAGUAUCCAAGUCAGAUGAAGGACUCUACAAGUGUACCAACUCCAGCUCUGAAGGAGAAUCACCAGAGAGCUGGAUGACUGUGACAGCUAGGGGCUCUACCCCUUCCUCCUCCCCUCCCUCCUCCUCCCCCCCCUCUCUCCUCCUCCCUUUGUCUGUCUCUGGGUUGGUGGCUGCUCUCUCCAUCUCUCUGAUCAUUCUACUGGUCCUGUUCUGCAAGAGGAACAAAGAUGUAGCAGCUGAACCCAGAGAUGUUACGUAUGCUGACGUUAGAAUCAUACAGGACCCAGAACCCAGGAGAAGGAGAGAGAAGUCUCCAGGAGCUGAUCCAGUCUACUCUGCAGUGAAGACCUCCAACACCACAGUUCCAGGUGGAUCUGGUCCAGGUGAUGUGACCUAUGCUGACAUCAACCACACAGAGAAGAGACAACACAACAGGAGGAGAGAGAAGGUCAUUCCAGAACCUGGUUACUCAGCAGUGAAGACAGACAGAGAUACAGGUCAAAAGGUUGUUCCAGACCCUGUCUACUCUGCAGUGAAGACAGACAGAAAGAGAUACAGGUAGAGCUGUAUCUGGAUCCAGGGACGUAACGUACAGACUGAGUGACCCUGUUCAUCAGAACGUUAUGGUGGAUGGAAGAAGAUGCUCUCUUCAGCUGCGGUGAAUAACCACAACCCUGUCAGUCCAUCUCUUUACUUCUCCUUUCUCUUAUCUUCUCUCUCCCUCCUCCCCUUUUCACACCAACAGACUUAUUUUUAGACGCUGCAGCCUUGACCUCCAUCAACAGCAACAGAGAGGUGUGAAGUUUCCACAACACAGUUAGAGUUAGUUUAUCAUGAGAACAUACAGACACCACUGACUGGAACUAUCAACAACAAGAGUUGGUUUAUCAUGAGAACAUACAGACACCACUGACUGGAACUAUCAACAACAAGAGUUAGUUUAUCAUGAGAACGUACAGACACCACUGACUGGAACCAGCUGACAGUAUCAGUUGUAAAGACUUCAUUACUACUAACAGAAGGAAAGUUGUAGUGUUUUGUCCAUGAUGAAUGAUGUAAAGGCUUCAUUACUACUAACAGAAGGAAAGUUGUAGUGUUAUGUCCAUGAUGAAUGAUGUAAAGACUUCAUUCCUACUAACAGAAGGAAAGUUGUAGUGUUUUGUCCAUGAUGAAUGAUGUAAAGGCUUCAUUACUACUAACAGAAGGAGAGUUGUAGUGUUUUGUCCAUGAUGAAUGAUGUAAAUACUUCAUUACUACUAACAGAAGGACAGUUGUAGUGUUUUGUCCAUGAUGAAUGAUGUAAAGACUUCAUUACUACUAACAGAAGGAAAGUUGUAGUGUUUUGUCCAUGAUGAAUGAUGUAAAUACUUCAUUACUACUAACAGAAGGACAGUUGUAGUGUUUUGUCCAUGAUGAAUGAUGUAAAGACUUCAAUGUGUUUUAUAUUGAGCUGCUCUGUUAAAUUCUGUUUGUUCAUGUGAAAUUGGAAAGUGUAUUUUUCUAUAAUGUAAUUGUGUGUGUUUAUCUUGAGCAACACCGUUGUAUGGUUGCCAACUUGUCAAAUAAAGCUUCCUAAAAUGUG